AUGGCACCUGCAGAUGACCUCGUUGCCCUUGUCGCCAAGGCGAACGCCCGCGGUCCAAUCACUGGCUUUACAGAUGUCGAUGACGUUGCCGAACCGCUUCCCGCUAACUUCGACACCGAGAAUGCCAAAGUGUUUACCCCACUGAAGGUCGGCGACCUGACACUGCAGCACCGAGUGGUUCACGCGGCUCUGGGACGAUCUCGCGCUGCCCAUUCCACCGAAAGCCCGUUGGCUAUCAAGUACUUCGAGCAGCGCACCACUGCAGGAGCACUCAUGAUCUCUCAAGCCACUGGUGUCUCGCUCAAAUCCAAAGCCUGGCCUUGGUCGGCAACUCUUGAGACAGACGAGCAUAAGGAUGCCAUUGCUGAUAUCGUUCAAGCGGUUCACAAAAAAGGUGGAUUCUGGUUCCAACAGCUCACACACGUAGGUCGCUGCACUUCGCCAGGCCUUGUCAAGCACGCCCAUAAGAAGGCUGGUUUGGGACCCCCUUCUUACGGCUACCUUCCGGUAUCUUCUUCGGCUGUGGCUGAGACCGGGGUGAAUACUCAUUCCGGAGAACCAUUUGGGGUCCCACAUGCGUUGACAUUGGAGGAGGUCCAGGGAAUUGUGGCUGACUUCAAGCGCGCUGCCGCCCUUGCAGUUGAAGCUGGAGCCGAUGGAGUCGAGAUUCUUUCCUCUUGGACCAGUUCUUGCACAACAAUAUCAACCAACGCGAUGACCAAUAUGGAGGAUCCGUCGAGAACAGGAGUCGCUUUCCUCUGGAAGUGGUCGAUUCUGUCGCAGAAGUACUUCCAUGAAACGGACGGUUCACAUCCCCUGGAGCAGUUACUCCAUCUAGGUCGGGAGCUCGCUUUGCGGGGUGUAGCAUACUUGCAUGUCGGCGAGGGCCGUGUAUCGCGCAACCUAGGCAUUGCUGAGAACCUCGCACGUCUCGUGGCCAAAGGAAUUGCCCCAGAGGAUGUCUCUCUUCGACCGUUCCGUCGUCUUCUGAGGGACACCACUCCUUCGAACCCACAUCAUACACCUACUGUACUCAUCGACAACGGAGGCUACACUGCUGCGUCUGGCAUUCUAACAGUGCAAGACGACCUGGCCGACGCUAUCUCAUACGGCCGGCGCUUCAUUUCGAACCCCGACCUUGUCCAACGUCUUCGUCUAGGACAACCACUCAGUCCGUACGAUCGGGACACUUUCUACACCCAUGGCGCGGAAGAAAACACCUCAUACAGUAAUUUUGAAGCAAACAAGAGCAAUGCAUCUCAGCCUCCUAUCAGUGGUAAGCCUACUACAGAGGAAACCCGAGCAGCCGGAAUAGAUGGCAACAACAGCAAGGCAAGCAGCGGCAAGGAGAAAUCUGCCAAGCGGGUUGCUAUUAUCGGUGCUGGGAUUCGUGGUAGCGUCACGGCGGCUGCUUUCAAACGGCUCGAAGGCUUCGAACUCCAGAUACUCGAGCGUAAGAAGUUUCCAGCUGCAGAUCCUUCAGACAUCAAUCCACCUCUACCACGCCCUAAGGGCCCCUUUCCGCUAGAUCUGCCGCGAUCGACCCGUCAGCGCUUCCUCUCAUCUCCCAUUUAUGAGUUGCUUGAAGCCAACAUCCCUUACAAGGUGAUGGGAGGCGCUACAGACUUCAACCUUCCACACCCGGCAAAUAAUGACCACUACCUGAGCGUCUCUGAAGUCACAGAAUUUGUCGCCAAGGCUACUCAAAUACCUGAGAUCCCCGGCCUCGAGGUCUGGAAAGGAGGCCGGCAACAUGCGUCCACAUGGCGAUCGGGGAAGGAAUUCGAGGACAAGAGCAUCCUUGUGAUCGCUACCAGCGAGAGCUCCAUCGAUAUCGUUCUUCAAUCUUUGUCUUAUGUCAAGGGCGAUAUUCAUGUGUCCCAGAGAACACCUCACCCACGUUAUCCCAACGUGUUCAAUCGGCCUGGCGUCAAGCUCGUGACCACAAUUGACCAUUUCACCGAAGACGCUGUUCAUCUACACGACGGGUCUGUCUUACGAGGCAUCGACGUGUCUUUGCAACGGGAUACUUCUACACCUACCCCUUCCUCUCCAAUGUCCGCCCGCCCGUAG